GCUAGCUAGCGCUCCCGAGGCGUCGGAACUGCUGACGGUAUCAGCUCGACAACCUAGCGUGGCAAGCCAUUCAUGUUUCCAAUGUCAAAACCAUCUUAAUUAGCAACUAUUUGCUGCAUUUCGCGUCUUUCAGACGGGUUUACCGAUGCGAUCGCCAACUGCUAGCUCGCUUAACACCAUCACUAAGCCCAGUGUCACUGGAAACAGUCCUUUUCGCAUUCCCGUUCGCUCCGACGCCGGUCAUUAUGGCGAGCCAACAAUCAUCACCCGACCAGCCUGGUGCCCCCUUAAUCCGAUCUCCUUCCACGUCCACCUUGGGGCCCGCCAGUUCCCAAAGCUCUAUCCGCGAUAGCUCUUCGACGUCGAGCACGCGACGCACAGCACAGCUCCUCCGAACCAUCUCCUUCGUAUCCGCCAUUCUCUCGUCCAUGGGCGCCGGUUCCAUCACCGUGUUCUCUCUCUAUGGCCCACGAUUCCAAUCCCAGCUGCACUUUUCGCAGUUUGAGAUCAAUGGCAUCGCGAGCGCCAUGAGUAUAUCCAUGUACAUUCCGGUGCCCUUGCUCGGGUACAUCUGCGAUCGAGUCGGCCCCAGCCCUCUGUCAUUGUUGGCCGUGGUUCUGCUUGGGACAGGCUAUGGAUUGGCAGCGGCUCUAUACCACAAGGGGGAAAUAGCAUCGAGCGCAGGGGAGAGGAAUAACCACGGGAUUGUCCCGUACAUGGUACUCGCGUUCGUGCUAAUUGGGGUGGGUACCGUAGCGAUGUAUCUGAGUUCCAUUACCACAUGUGCGAAGAACUUCGGGAAGGGGAAACACCGGGGCUUGAUGCUUGUGGCCCCGAUCGCGUCGUUCGGCCUAAGCGGAAUGGUCGUCAGUCAGAUCGGGAGCCGGCUGCUGUACACAAGAUUGCCGGAUGGGUCAAAAGGCGAAGUCAACGUCUUCCACUUUUUCUUGUUUCUGGCUAUACUGCUUGUUGUGGUAGGGCUAUCUGGCGCAUUUGCACUGCGCAUCGUGGAUGAGGACGAGCUCAUAGACCAGGCCGUUGAAGAAUUAGAGCGGAGUGGCUUUCUUGAAGGAAGCACCCUCUUGUCGCGAGGCAGAUCUGAACGAUCUUAUGGCGCCACUGACAGUGCCGUCGAGGAUCCCAGUGAUGAGGCGAUGCUGGACUCGGGAAUAGACGGCGAGGAUGAGGACAACUCCAAAUUCAAGAAGACAUAUCUGCUGAAUGCCGAAACACGAAGAUUUCUCUCUGACCGUACCAUGUGGUGGUUUGCUCUUGGAUUUUGGCUUAUCAUUGGUCCAGGAGAGGCUUUCCUCAACAACCUUGGCACGGUCAUCGGAACCUUGUACUCCCCGGGUUCAAACGAUAAUGUUACGUCGGCCGCAACUCACGUUUCCAUUGUGGCCAUCACGAGCACCGUUGCUCGUCUUCUAUCAGGCUCUCUUAGCGACCUCCUGUCUCCGAGCCCCCAUAGUUCUCACUACCAGGCCGGCCUCGACUCAUCACUGCCGUCACUCCGACGGAAGCUUUCGGUUUCGCGGAUUGCUCUAAUCCUCGCGGCCGGCAUUAUCCUCUCUAUUGGGACAAUGGUGUUGGCGACUGGCUUCGUGCAGGAUCACGGAGACCGGUUCUGGAUCGUCUCGAGCUUGGUCGGCGCCGGGUAUGGGGCCGUAUUUAGCUUAACCCCGAUCAUUGUCACCAUGAUUUGGGGUGUGGAGAACUUCGGUACAAAUUUUGGCAUCAUUGCCGUUUUUCCCGCGAUUGGAUCGACUAUGUGGGGAUUGACAUACUCGGCUGUGUACCAGAUGGGUGCGAAGAAACCGCCGUCAAUGACAGAUGGAGCUGAUGAUGAUGUCUUCUGCUAUGGAGAGCAGUGUUACUCCUCGACCUUCUGGGCAAUGACAUUCAGUAUCUGGAUAGGUUGUGGUAUGAUCUUGUGGACUUGGAAAGGCCGAGAUGGCUGGACGAAGCGAGGGGUUGUCAUAUGAAUUAACAGUCUUGUCUAUAUACUAAGACCGCAGUGGACUAUACAUAAUCUCAUAUUUCAAAAUUUCCAUUUUCUUCUACCAAGCUGAGGCAUAACAUUGCGCCUAGGGUCGUCUUUGUCUGCUCAACAUGACGGUCGUCUCGUGCCGGUGCAUAGUUGAAAUUUCGGGGUCGGUUCAGCUAUAUACUCUUAUAGUCUUCUCCCGCGCUUCAGUUCAUCUCGGCUUAGGAUACGAAGAAUGAAGUCAAGGAUCAGUGUGUCUAAAUCUGGAUAAUCACAGAUAGAGCCGAGAUAGGCGUAUAGAAAAGC